UUAUAUGACUUGUUACUGUGACUUGACUAGUUUUGCUUUCAGCCCGACUCCAUACUGUGCUUACCAAAACAGCGCGCAAUUAACUCACCAGCAGGCAUUCCAGGCAUUGGUCAGUAACAUGAAUCAAGUACAUCUUUCACAGUACGGACUGGAAGCUCGCGCGAGGAUAUGUUUGCGUCUCUGAGCGCGCCCUGGAUCUCCAGUUAUCGGCUUCAGAGUAAAGUUUCUCAGUAAGUGACGUUCCGGUGGAUUAACGUGACGCGAAUGGUGCUCCCCUGAGGUUCGGGAAAUGUGAACAAGUAACAGUUAACCGGUUUCUAAUUAAAGGCAUGGCGAGGUGAGCCACCAGAGACCGUUUGAGAAGGGGGAUAUAACAGGAGCAGGUCCCUGGCAGAACAUCCUUGGCUUCAUCGAGAUGCACAGAGACCGACAGGACUUCUGAUGCGCACAUUAAUUGCAGACUGAAUCCUGCCGCACAUUUAAGUUUUGUUUUAUUCUGUAGGCUUAUUAGUCUACCGAAGAUAGUUAUCCUGAAUGUAAACGGCAGCUUUUGCACUUUAUGGGAAGAAGUAACACAGGUAACAGAAGUAGGCUAGCCACGGUCAACGUUUCUCUUAUGACAAAAAGGGGUUAAGUUGUGCAAACCCUAAAUGAAAAUUGAUUCACAGAAAAUAAUGCACUUGGAUUUAAAUUAGUGACUUUACGGUCAUUCUUGACAAUAACUUUUGAAACUUGGCUUUGGAGACAAACAAAUCAACUCUUUCCCAGAGGAUUCUAAUCGCACCCAGAGACAAGAAUGCUCGGACUGCGGACAAUUCCACUACUGGCGCUCGCGCUGAUCAUCCUCACCAGCGCGUGCUGCCAGAGCGCCAGCGCGAGACUGGACAAGGGCGCCGAGGCGGGAAAAAGCUUCUAUCUUCGGAUAAAAGACUUGGUCAAGCACGUGGAGGAGAGCGGAGACUCAAAAAAUGUUGCACAGUCUACAAUUGCAGAGAUCCCUACGGAACGGAGCUCGCCUCACAUGAAAGAAAAUGGAGAUCAAAUAAUGGAAGUGUUUCCCAGAGACCUGCGGAAAAAGGAUAAGUUUCUGAAACACAUGACAGGGCCCAUCAUCAUCUCACACAAGUGCAGAAAGCAAUUCCUACGGGUCUACUACUCCAGAGAAUGCACCGUAAAAAACUUGUUGAAGAGGUGUGUGCGGCUUCUACAACGUUUGGCUGGGAGUCCACGGUGUAAAGAUGGCUUAGAAGUACAGUAAUCCAGCCAAACCAGACAGAUCUAGAGAAUCGCUAAAUGAAAGUGCCUUGGACAACAGCGAACAGUGAAACCCAAAGCCACAUUCCGGCAGAUGACCUCGAAGGGCAUCCAAAAGCACAGCUCGGAUGGAUGGACAGACCCCAAAACAAGACCAGCAGCUCGGGAGACAGGAAACAGGAGUCCCUGGGUAUGGCUCUCCCCCUCUACAUUCAUUCACCGGGACUUCAUACCAUGAAGAACUGACCAAAGGGCCCAACUCUUGGACUCAGCACGCACAGCCGCUAAACAAGACCAACUUUUUCUAGGCUUUCAAAACUCCACAAUGAAAAUGUUUUUUUUUAAGUAGAAUGUGUGUAAACGUGUGUGCGUGUGUGUUUAUGGUGAGUGAAACCACAAUGUAGAAUGUGCUUGAGUCCCUGGUCUGUGGCUGCCAGGCCUUGUUAAAACAUUACACUUUGUGUAAGUGCGCUGAAUGGCUUUGCUUCAGAUACGCUACGGAAGGUGACGGGAGAUUGUGGAUCUCUAGCACCCUCACCUGAGAGGGCAGGCCGUGAGGCAGCCCCCGAGGGGGUCACAGAGACAAACUGAGGAACACUGACCACUUUUGGUCCAAGGAUGUGAAAUAAUGCUGCUAAACUUAUCGUCCAAAAAGCAGGCUCCACAAAUCAGUGUGGGGGUUGCGGCUCUUUCUCUCUACACGAGCACAUCUUUUUGUGCCUCUUGUAUGAAAAAAGAAAACAGCAUCCUGUGUGAAGUCGUUUCCCUUUCAGUCAACAUCUUUUCUGGUAGGGGGAGGAGGCGGGACAGGGUACCUCCAGUUAAGAAAAAAAACAAACUUUUUUUUUCUGUUGGUGUUUAUGGCAAGUAUUACGAAACUCCAUUUCUCCUGCCGUCUCGCUCCCCUGCUUCCGAGGCUGAUGCACUGGUGAUUGCUUUGUUCUGAAGCAUGAUUGGUCAGCUGAGGAGAUGUCCGACUGCCAGUCACCCCUAUGAAACGCUUCCAUUGGAGCCCUGAGUCAAGAGUAUAUUUAUGUAUUCAAGAGUUUUAAGACUGUAUAUUACAUAAUCAUGCCAACUUUCCAACUUGUAAAUAUUGUAAAGACGAAAGCCAAACAAAGAGAUCAAUUGUAAUGCACAUAAAUUAAUGUGACUUAUCAACUGGGA